UUCACAUCUUGGAUGUACAGUUUUAAAACACAUUGUUCUCAGGAAGCUUCUUAAUCACUUCAAUCUUGCACAGGAGCUGUAUGAGCACUUUUAACCUGCUGGAGAAGAUCUUAGGAUUUCCCACACACCCCAAGACACUGUUAUCCAAAGUUCAUCUCCUGAAGGUCAGAGGUCACAUCACUAUGAGUCGCACAUGGCUAAUAGGACUUGCUCUCAUUUUUUUAUCCCAGAGCAUUUUCUCCAUGACUCUCUUUAACACCACAGAGCUGAGCUCUCUCUUGGAAAAAUAUGCUGAUGAAAAUGUAGCAAAACCAAGAGGGAAGCGGGCCAUCAGCGCCAUUGAUAAACAGGCCAUCCUGGACCUGCACAACAAACUCCGAGGUCAAGUUUAUCCACCCGCGUCCAAUAUGGAAUACAUGGUUUGGGAUACUGAAUUGGAGAGAUCUGCUGAAGAAUGGGCUGAGACGUGUUUAUGGGAACAUGGACCAGAAGGCUUGCUUAAUUACAUCGGCCAAAACCUAGGAGUUCACUGGGGAAGGUAUCGCCCUCCGACAUCUCAUGUUCAGGCCUGGUAUGAUGAAGUUAAAGAUUAUUCCUUCCCAUAUCCUCAAGAGUGUAAUCCUUAUUGUCCAUUCAGAUGUACAGGGCCGGUGUGUGCUCACUACACACAGCUUGUUUGGGCGACCAGCAGUCGAAUCGGUUGUGCCAUUAACGUGUGCUAUGACAUGAACGUCUGGGGACAAAUCUGGAGGAAGGCUGUUUAUUUGGUCUGCAAUUACUCACCAAAAGGGAACUGGUGGGGAAGUGCGCCAUAUAAACAUGGUACACCAUGCUCGGCUUGUCCACCCAGCUAUGGAGGAGGAUGUAAAGACAAUCUGUGCUAUAAAGAUGACAGUCAAUACUAUUACGAGGAGACAGAGAAAGACAACAUCAUCGAACCUGAAGUACUCAUCACAACAAGACGCCCUGACACACACUUACACGCACACAGCAUCACAGUUGUGAGCACUGAACAGAUGUCACAACUUGUCACAUGUGACACGAAACUUCGAGACCAGUGUAAAGGAACAACAUGCAACAGGUAUGAAUGUCCAGCUGGAUGUUUGAACAGCCCUGCAAAAGUGAUCGGAACUGUGUAUUAUGAAAUGCAUUCGAGCAUCUGCAGAGCCGGCCUUCAUUACGGAGUGAUCGAUAACAAUGGAGGCUGGAUUGAUGUCACGAGAAUGGGCAAGCAGGAGUUUUUCAUCAAAUCGUACAAAAAUGGAGUUCAGUCUCUUGGGAAAUAUCAGAGUGCCAAUGCCUUCAUAGUGUCCAAAGUAUCCAUACAAGUUAUUACAUGUGAGACGACAGUGUCUACACUGUGCCAGUAUGAAAGCCCUGUUAAACACUGUCCCAGAAUCUACUGUCCACAAAACUGUCUGCAAGAACAUCGUCAAGUCUCCAGAGUCUUCGGGACCAGAAUCUAUUCAGAUAAAUCCAGUAUCUGCAGAUCAGCAGUUCAUGCCGGCGUGAUGAAGAACGAACAGGGCGGCUACAUUGACGUGAUGCCAGUGGAAAACAGGCUGUACUACUACGGCUCUUAUCAAAACAACGUUUUGUCUGAGAGCACGCAGAACCCUCCAGGAGGAAAAGCUUUCCGAGUGUUUGCAGUCAUUUGAGUGCAUCCCGAACUCUAAUCGCUUUUUUGUUUGUUUGUUUGUUUGUUUGUUUGUUUGUUUGUUUGGUGGUUGUUUACACAGGUGAUUACUGAGCUAAGUACAGUUAAAAGGUGGAGAAGAAUGAGUUGAUCUGUACAUAUUUGCUAUAUUUUGUUCAAUUUGUUUCAUGGAUGUUGUAUGUAUUGUUUUGUCUUUGUGACGUUCUUAUCCUGAAAUGAAGGCAUUUAAUUAGAGGACAAUACAGGGAAUAUAAUAUACAAAGGUCCAAAAGUCUGUGUACAUUACUAGAACAGUUUUCUCAUAUUACUUCAUAAAAAAUAAUAAAUAAAAAUCCAGAUCACUCAGUUUUUGUUGGAUGAAGGCAAAGCACAUCGAGUUUUAACAUAUUCAUAUUCAGAAUUACUUGGUAGUGCACUCAGACAUUUGGACCUCACUUUAUAUAACAGCCAGUCACGUAAAGCAGUAUUUGGCUUUGUAGAGAUUAGUGCUUACUCACAUUGAGAAAAUGAGACAUGAAAGGAAAAUCCAUCUAGAGUUAAGCGAUGUGUUUGACUAGUUGGGCCGUAUUUAUGAAUGUUUCUUGUGAAAAGCUGGAAGAGAAUGAAUUUUUGCAAUCAUGUACAGACUUCCAUUUUUGAAAGGAAAACACACACAAACACACACGCAUGCAUGCACACACACAUUACUUUAAGCCUACGAUACACUGAGAAACAGAAAAUGCUUAUUUUAAUGUCAAUUACAACAUGAUACAACAUCAAAGUAAGAUACAGUUUAAAAUAU